AGGGUGGCCCUCAGUUUGGGGGAGGGAUUGAGGGCUUGGAGGAGCCCAGGUGGCCCCGAGCUGCGGGGUGGAGGCUGUAGCCUCUGGGAUAGGGGGCUUCUCGGGGCCAGGCCCAGGCCCCCGCCCCCCAGACCGAGCGAGCGAGCGAGCGAGCGAGGCUCUGAGGAAAGCAGCGGGGACAGCGAGCACCUCGGCCGAGCCCUUUAUCCCUCCCAGCGGCUUCACCCUUUCACUGCCAGGCCGACAGCGGGCUCCUCUCAAAGGAGCAGCUGCUAGACGGCUGGCAAAACAAUGGAGACCCCGCUUCCCCGACCCCCUCCCCGGGCGCAGAAGAUGGGGCAGCAAGGUGGGGUACGAGGGCCCUGUGCUAAGCACCCGUGAUCCUCCGGGGGUGCCCCCCCCAAAAGCAGUACCCCACCAUGUUUAACCUAAUGAAGAAAGAUAAGGACAAAGAUGGUGGGCGGAAGGAGAAGAAGGAGAAGAAGGAGAAGAAGGAGCGGAUGUCGGCAGCGGAGCUGCGGAGCCUGGAGGAGAUGAGCCUGCGUCGCGGAUUCUUCAAUCUGAACCGCGCCUCCAAGCGUGAGUCCAAGACACGCCUGGAAAUCUCCAACCCCAUCCCCAUCAAGGUGGCCAGUGGCUCCGACCUGCACCUGACCGACAUCGACUCCGACAGCAACAGGGGCAGUGUCAUCCUGGACUCGGGCCACCUGAGCACCGCCAGCUCCAGCGAUGACCUCAAGGGCGAGGAAGGCAGCUUCCGCGGCUCUGUGCUGCAGCGGGCAGCCAAGUUCGGCUCCCUGGCCAAGCAGAACUCACAGAUGAUUGUCAAACGCUUCUCCUUCUCCCAGCGGAGCCGGGAUGAGAGCGCCUCAGAAACCUCCACCCCCUCCGAGCACUCUGCGGCCCCAUCCCCGCAGGUGGAGGUGAGGACUCUCGAGGGACAGCUGGUGCAGCAUCCUGGCUCAGGCCUCCCUCGGCCAGGGCCCCGCUCCCGAGUCCCUGAGCUGGUGACUAAAAGGUUCCCGGCUGACCUGCGCUUGCCUCCCGUGGUGCCCUUGCCGCCGCCCGCCCUCCGGGAGCUGGAGCUGCAGCGGAGGCCCACUGGAGACUUCGGCUUCUCCCUGCGCCGCACGACCAUGCUGGAUCGGGGCCCCGAGGGCCAGGUCUACCGGAGGGUGGUUCACUUCGCUGAGCCCGGCGCAGGCACCAAGGACCUGGCCCUGGGGUUGGUGCCGGGUGACCGUCUGGUGGAGAUUAACGGGCACAACGUGGAGAGCAAGUCCAGGGAUGAGAUCGUGGAGAUGAUCCGGCAGUCUGGGGACAGCGUGCGGCUCAAGGUGCAACCCAUUCCAGAGCUCAGCGAGCUGAGCCGGAGCUGGUUGCGGAGUGGCGACGGACCCCGCAGGGAACCAGCUGAUGUUAAAGAGGAAGACAAAACUCUGCCGAAGCUUGGCCCUCCUGGCAAGGAGGAAGGGGCUCCAGAAGGCAGCUCAAAGGACAGCAGUGGCCCAUCUAGGAGUCCUCAGCCUCCCACCAGCCCUCUACCCUCAGAGACCUCCCAGAGAGCCACGAGCCCUGCACCCACACUCGCCAUGAAUGGCCCGGGGGCUGCCGCCGCAGAAGGCCCAAGCGAGGAGGCCCCGGGCCUGUCCCGGAAGAAAGUGGCAAAUGCAGUUAGGAAGGUGGUGAGCAAGGUGCUGCCUGGUGAGGAGCCUGGGAGUGCCAAGGAGCCUUUGAGCAGAGGGGUCAGAUCCCCCGAGCACCCAGCUCGAGGGAAGAGGGGAGAAAAGGCGGCUCCUGGUCCCAAGCCACCACCUCCUCCGCCUCCUCCGCCUCCCCCUGCCCCACCUAAGCCUGAAGCAAAGAAGGAGGCAGCCAAGGACGAGCUCUCUGUUGGUCUACGGAGCCUGAUGUCUCGGGGCAGGGGCAAGGACCACAAGCCCCGUGGCAGGCAGUCUCUGGGGAAGGGGAAGCCCUCCAGCCAGGAGCCAGGCUCCUCAGGGAAGCCAGGCUCCCCAGCCAAACCUGAAAUCCCAGAAAAGCAGUGCUCCCCAGCCCCACCAGGAGAGCUGGCGGCCCUAGGCUCCACUGGCCCGAAGUCGAACCUCCCUGGAUUGCAGCAGUCCAAGUCACCGGCCCCUGAUGUGCAGCAGGAGGCAGGAGCUGCCCCUGAGGUCCGGGUGACCCCCGCAGAGGAGGCCCAGCAGCGCCUUGAGAGGAUCUUCACAGCUUCUCUGGACCCUGAGACCGCCUCUCCUGCCCACAGCCAGGUGAAGACAGAAGAGCAGAUUGCAGUGGAGGAGGCCUGGUAUGAGACAGAGAAGGUGUGGCUGGUCCAUAAGGAUGGCUUCUCACUGGGCAGUCAGCUCAAAUCUGAGGAGCUCAGCUUGCCCGAAGGGAAGGUGCGCGUGAAGCUAGACCACGAUGGCGCCAUCUUGGACGUGGAUGAGGAUGAUGUGGAGAAGGCUAACGCUCCGUCCUGCGACCGUCUAGAAGAUCUGGCUUCGCUGGUGUACCUCAGUGAGUCCAGCGUCCUCCACACACUGCGCCAACGCUAUGGCGCUAGCCUGCUGCACACGUACGCUGGCCCCAGCCUGCUCGUCCUCAGCCCCCGGGGGGCCCCCGCUGUGUACUCCGAGAAGGUGAUGCACAUGUUCAAGGGGUGUCGGCGGGAGGACAUGGCACCCCACAUCUACGCCGUGGCCCAGACCGCGUACAGGGCAAUGCUGAUGAGCCGCCAGGACCAGUCUGUCAUCCUCCUGGGCAGCAGCGGCAGCGGCAAGACCACCAGCUGCCAGCACCUGGUGCAGUACCUGGCCACCAUCGCGGGCACCAGCGGGAACAAGGUGUUUUCCGUGGAGAAGUGGCAGGCUCUGUACAGCCUUCUGGAAGCCUUUGGGAACAGCCCCACCAUCAUGAACGGCAACGCCACCCGCUUCUCUCAGAUCCUCUCCCUGGACUUCGACCAAGCUGGCCAGGUGGCCUCGGCCUCCAUCCAGACGAUGCUUCUGGAGAAGCUGCGUGUGGCUCGACGCCCAGCGGGUGAGGCCACGUUCAAUGUCUUCUACUACCUGCUGGCCUGUGGGGAUGGCACCCUCAGGACAGAGCUUCACUUGAACCACUUGGCAGAGAACAGUGUGUUUGGGAUUGUGCCACUGGCCAAGCCUGAGGAGAAGCAGAAGGCGGCUCAGCAGUUCAGUAAGCUGCAGACCGCCAUGAAGGUGUUGGGCAUCUCCACAGAUGAACAGAAAGCCUGCUGGCUCAUCCUGGCUGCCAUCUACCACCUGGGGGCUGCAGGCGCUACCAAAGAGGCCCCCGAGGAGCAAGCGGAAGCUGCUGAAGCUGGGCGCAAGCAGUUUGCCCGCCACGAGUGGGCCCAGAAGGCCGCAUACCUGUUGGGCUGCAGCCUGGAGGAGCUAUCCUCAGCCAUCUUCAAGCACCAACACAAGGGCGGGACGCUGCAGCGCUCCACCUCCUUCCGCCAGGGCCCCGAGGAGAGCGGCCUGGGAGACGGCACAGGCCCCAAACUGAGUGCACUGGAGUGCUUAGAAGGCAUGGCGUCCGGCCUCUACAGUGAGCUCUUCACCCUUCUGGUCUCCCUGGUGAACAGGGCUCUCAAGUCCAGCCAGCACUCGCUCUGCUCUAUGAUGAUUGUGGACACUCCGGGCUUCCAGAACCCUGAGCAGGGUGGGUCGGCCCGCGGAGCCUCCUUUGAGGAGCUGUGCCACAAUUAUGCCCAGGACCGGCUGCAGAGACUCUUCCACCAGCGCACCUUUGUGCAGGAGUUAGAAAGAUACAAGGAGGAGAACAUUGAGCUGGCAUUUGACGACUUGGAGCCAGCCGUGGAUGAUUCUGUGGCAGCUGUGGACCAAGCCUCCCAUCAGUCCCUGGUCCGCUCGCUGGCACGCACUGACGAGGCGAGGGGCCUGCUCUGGCUAUUGGAAGAGGAGGCGCUGGCGCCCGGGGCCACCGAGGACGCCCUCCUGGAGCGCCUUUUCUCCUACUAUGGCCCCCGGGAAGGUGACAAGAAAGGCCAAAGCCCCCUCCUGCGCAGCAGCAAACCACAUCAUUUUCUCCUGGGCCACAGCCAUGGCACCAACUGGGUUGAGUACAAUGUGGCUGGCUGGCUGAGCUACACCAAACAGAACCCAGCCACCCAGAACGCCCCCCGGCUCCUGCAGGACUCCCAGAAGAAAAUCAUCAGCAGCCUGUUUCUGGGCCGGGCAGGCAGCGCCACGGUGCUGUCAGGCUCCAUCGCAGGCUUGGAGGGCGGCUCACAGCUGGCACUGCGCCGGGCCACCAGCAUGCGGAAGACCUUCACGACGGGCAUGGCGGCUGUCAAGAAGAAGUCACUGUGCAUCCAGAUUAAGCUGCAGGUGGACGCCCUCAUUGACACCGUCAAGAAAUCAAAGCUGCACUUCGUGCACUGCUUCCUGCCCGUAGCAGAGGGCUGGGCCGGGGAGCCCCGUUCCGCAUCCUCCCGCCGAGUCAGCAGCAGCAGCGAGCUGGACCUGCCCUCGGGAGACCACUGCGAGGCUGGGCUCCUGCAGCUGGACGUGCCCCUGCUGCGCGCCCAGCUCCGGGGCUCCCGCCUGCUGGACGCCAUGCGCAUGUACCGCCAAGGUUACCCUGACCACAUGGUGUUUUCCGAGUUCCGCCGCCGCUUCGACGUCCUGGCCCCACACCUGACCAAGAAACAUGGGCGCAACUACAUUGUGGUGGAUGAGAGGCGGGCGGUGGAAGAGCUGCUGGAGUCCUUGGACCUGGAGAAGAGCAGCUGUUGCCUGGGCCUGAGCCGGGUGUUCUUCCGGGCCGGCACAUUGGCUCGGCUGGAGGAGCAGCGGGAUGAGCAAACCAGCAGGAACCUAACCCUGUUCCAGGCGGCCUGCAGGGGCUACCUGGCCCGCCAGCACUUCAAGAAGAAAAAGAUCCAGGACCUGGCCAUUCGCUGUGUGCAGAAGAACAUCAAGAAGAACAAAGGGGUGAAGGACUGGGCCUGGUGGAAACUCUUUACCACCGUGCGGCCCCUCAUCGAGGUACAGCUGUCCGAGGAGCAGAUCCGGAACAAAGACGAGGAGAUCCAGCAGCUGCGGAACAAGCUUGAGAAGGUGGAGAAGGAGCGGAACGAGCUUCGGCUCAACAAUGACCGGCUGGAGACCCGGAUCUCGGAGCUGACAUCGGAGCUGACUGACGAACGUAACACGGGAGAGUCCGCCUCCCAGCUGCUGGACGCGGAGGCCGCGGAGAGGCUCCGAGCCGAGAAGGAGAUGAAGGAGCUGCAGACCCAGUACGAUGCACUGAAGAAGCAGAUGGAGGUGAUGGAGAUGGAGGUGAUGGAGGCCCGCCUCAUCCGGGCAGCUGAGAUCAACGGGGAGGUGGAUGAUGAUGACACAGGCGGCGAGUGGCGCCUGAAGUACGAGCGAGCCAUGCGCGAGGUGGACUUCACCAAGAAGCGGCUCCAGCAGGAGUUUGAGGACAAGCUGGAGGUGGAGCAGCAAAGCAAGAGGCAACUGGAGAGGCGGCUCGGCGACCUGCAGGCAGACAGUGACGAGAGCCAGCGGGCUCUGCAGCAGCUGAAGAAGAAGUGCCAACGGCUGACGGGCGAGCUGCAGGAUACCAGGCUGCACCUGGAGGGCCAGCAGGUCCGCAACCACGAGCUGGAGAAGAAGCAGAGGAGGUUCGACAGCGAGCUCUCCCAGGCACACGAGGAGGCCCAGCGGGAGAAGCUGCAGCGGGAGAAGCUGCAGCGGGAGAAGGACACGCUCCUCGCCGAGGCUUUCAGCCUCAAGCAGCAACUGGAGGAAAAAGACAUGGACAUUGCUGGAUUCACCCAGAAGGUUGUCUCCCUGGAGGCUGAGCUCCAGGACAUUUCUUCCCAAGAGUCAAAGGAUGAGGCCUCUCUGGCCAAGGUCAAGAAACAGCUCCGGGACCUGGAGGCCAAAGUCAAGGAUCAGGAAGAGGAGCUGGAUGAGCAGGCGGGGACCAUCCAGAUGCUGGAGCAGGCCAAGCUACGUCUAGAGAUGGAGAUGGAGCGGAUGAGACAGACCCAUUCCAAGGAGGUGGAAAGUCGGGAUGAAGAGGUGGAGGAGGCCCGGCAGUCAUGUCAGAAGAAGUUGAAACAAAUGGAAGUGCAGCUUGAGGAGGAGUACGAGGAUAAGCAGAAGGUGCUGCGAGAGAAGCGGGAACUGGAGAGCAAGCUCGCCACGCUGAGUGACCAGGUGAGCCAGCGGGACCUGGAGUCCGAGAAGCGGCUCCGGAAGGACCUGAAGCGCACCAAGGCCCUGCUGGCCGACGCCCAGAUCAUGCUGGACCACCUGAAGAACAACGCACCCAGCAAGAGGGAGAUCGCCCAGCUAAAGAACCAGCUGGAGGAGUCCGAGUUCACCUGUGCCGCAGCCGUGAAAGCUCGGAAGGCAAUGGAGGUGGAGAUCGAAGACCUGCACCUGCAGAUUGAUGACAUCGCCAAAGCCAAGACAGCGCUGGAGGAGCAGCUGAGCCGCCUUCAGCGUGAGAAGAACGAGAUCCAGAGCCGGCUGGAAGAGGAUCAGGAGGACAUGAACGAGCUGAUGAAGAAGCAGAAGGCGGCCGUGGCUCAGGCCUCGCGAGACUUAGCGCAGAUGAACGAUCUCCAGGCUCAGCUAGAAGAAGCCAACAAGGAGAAGCAAGAGCUGCAGGAGAAGCUCCAAGCCCUCCAGAGCCAAGUGGAGUUCCUAGAACAGUCCAUGGUGGACAAGUCCCUGGUGAGCAGGCAGGAAGCUAAGAUCCGAGAGCUGGAGACCCGCCUGGAGUUCGAAAGGACCCAAGUGAAGAGGCUGGAGAGCCUGGCCAGCCGGCUCAAGGAAAACAUGGAGAAGCUGACCGAGGAGCGAGAUCAGCGCACCGCAGCUGAGAACCGGGAGAAGGAACAGAACAAGAGACUGCAGCGGCAGCUCCGGGACACCAAGGAGGAGAUGGGCGAGCUCGCCAGGAAGGAGGCAGAGGCGAGCCGCAAGAAGCACGAACUGGAGAUGGAUCUGGAGAGCCUAGAGGCUGCUAACCAGAGCCUGCAGGCUGAUCUCAAACUGGCAUUCAAGCGCAUUGGGGACCUGCAGGCCGCCAUCGAGGACGAGAUGGAGAGCGACGAGAAUGAGGACCUCAUCACCAGUUUGCAGGACAUGGUGACAAAGUAUCAGAAAAGAAAGAAUAAACCCGAGGGGGAUUCCGAUGUGGACUCAGAGCUGGAGGACCGGGUCGACGGGGUCAAGUCAUGGUUGUCAAAAAACAAGGGGCCUUCCAAGGCAGCUUCCGAUGAUGGCAGCUUGAAGAGUUCCAGCCCUACCAGCUACUGGAAGUCCCUUGCCCCUGACCGGUCAGAUGAUGAGCACGACCCUUUGGACAGCACCUCCAGGCCGCGAUACUCCCAUAACUAUCUGAGUGACAGCGACACAGAGGCCAAACCGACAGAGACCAACGCAUAGCCCAGGGGAGUGGUCUGUACCUCUUGCACCCACCGGCCACCGCGGCCACGGCGCCUCUCCCAGGAAAUGGCGGGGCAGAGGUCUCCGCCACCUGACUGCUGAUCUGCAUGGGAAACACCCGGCCCCCUUGGGUCUGGGGGGCUUUCCAAGCUGUGGGUGUCUGACAUCUCCACGUGGAAGAGGUGGUGGGGGAGUUUCUGAAAAGAGAACUUUUUGCUCCUUCUGCCUCCAAAAUGCCACACUCUGUGGGCAGUGGCAGGUGGCUUGGCACUGCAUGGAGCCAGCAAGCUGACCUCCAUCUCAGCCUCCUGCUCAGGGACGGUGGGCAGAUUGCCUGCUGGGACACUCUAGGUUGCUGGGUCCAUGGGGAGGAGUUGGGGGGGGGCAGGAACGGCCAUUCCUCCCCACCCUGGCUUGGGGCGAGGGCUUUCUCUUCUCAGUGCCUGCUGUCUUUUUACUUUUAAUUUAAAUACCCAACCUCUCCAUCACAGCUGCAUCCCUGAGAGUGGGAGGGGGCUGUGGUGGCAGCUGGGGUUUGCGGGAAUGACUAGGGGAAUCUCAUCUCCAUCUUCACUGGAGAGCAGUCCUUUCUCUGCGCAGCUGGAGAGACCGGUGAGCGGAGCUGGGGCCAGAUUCUUCAGUCAGCCUGGGGAGGGGCUCUCAGGUGCUUCUGGGUAUGGGUCGAGCCAGCCUACGUAGGGGUGCGUAUGUAUCACCCGGCACUUUCGGCCCCCGCCCCUCUCCGUCUCAUCAGUGUGUUAAGUGCAAUGACCUACUUAAGACUAAACCCAUUCCACCUACACCAGGUCGGGGCUUACCCAAGCACUGCCUCCCUGCCGCUCUGUCCAAGUUGCCUGGACUAUAGGCCCAACUGGAGAGGGAAGGCCGCGGGUUGAGGGCUUGUGAUCAGAAAAACUGAAGAUGGGGGUUUGGGUCAGUACUGAUGCGUAUUAGACACAAGCCCUCACCCUUGUCCUGAGCCGGAGUCAUUUUUCUUCUUCCAGUUGCCCUGCCCCCACACACUUACCCUAGACAUGACAACGUGUGGCCUGACAGUCCCAGCCCCCACCCUAAAGCUCAUCCCACCAAUGCCACCAGACUUGGGGGCCUGAGGGCAGUGCCUGGUGCCGCUCCCAUCCGCUGUCCCCCCCCCCCCGCCCCCUGCAAUUGGUUGUAUUCAUUGGGCUGUGCUCUCUCUUCCCUGUUUACCUGAUGUAUGGAAAUAAAUGUCCUUUUCCUCCUGGC